UUGCUUUUCAAACCUUUCAUUGCAAGGUGGGCAUAGGCAGGACGGUUUGGGGUGGGGGAGAGAGAAUUAUUUGAGAAGGUGGCAAGAUGGUAUUUGUUCAUUCGAGUUGGGAGUUAAGACCCGACCCUUGCACUGUUCGUUGUGCCGUAAGUGGCCUGACUUAACGGAUUGCAGGAUUUUUAGUUUCGUACGUAAACAGUGGCCCGUUCAUUCUCUGGGAAAUGCAUCAUAGCGUGAUGUAAGUUGCUGUGGGUGAGUGCCGAUUGAAGGGAGGGCGAAAUGGAAUCUGAACUUUGAUUUUGUCAUGGAAUAAUAGUGGAGUAAAUAGGAGGGGUGGACUGGCCCGCUGUCUGUAAAUGACCGCCCCACUUGGCGCCUUGUCAAGCCCGUUCCUCCCUCCGCACCCCACCCCACGUCAACAAGAAGCAGCGGUGAAUGGGAGGAAUCGUGGCGUCAGCAGCUCGGAGCAAUCCUCCCUGGUCCUGCCCACUGACUGCAUGGCUCUCUUUCACACACUUGGAGCUGUCGGGGACAGAAGCAGCUUUUAGUAACACAGCCCCGUUCGAUUCAAUUCAAGAAGUUACCCUGAGCAGCACAAGUGAUGAUGGAUGGACUGCAGCGACUGAAGGAGUUUAGUUUUUUACGUUGGCUGAGGGAAGGUCGCCAAUCUCGGAAAUUGAUCCUGUUCAUAGUGUUUGUGGCGCUGCUCCUUGAUAACAUGCUGCUGACCGUGGUGGUGCCCAUCAUUCCCAGUUACCUGUAUGCUCUUCAUCACCAACCACUGGAGGAAAGCCCCACCCAAACCCCUGGCGUGGUUUCCGCGACUCGAUUUCAGAAAAUCUUUUCCUACUAUGACAACUCGACAAUGAUCACCGAGCGGGAAAGCAGGCCGGGUGAUAUACAGCAGACUUUCACAACAACAACCUCCUCAGUGACCAAUGCGACUGGGACAGCCGAUUCGAACAGCAGCUGCUUGAAGAAAGACAAGUACUUGCUGAAUGAAAAUGUCCAAGUUGGCUUGUUGUUUGCUUCAAAGGCCACUGUCCAACUGGUAACAAACCCCUUCAUAGGGCCCUUAACAAACAGGAUAGGAUAUCAAAUUCCAAUGUUUGCAGGGUUCAUCAUCAUGUUCAUAUCAACAGUUAUGUUUGCUUUCUCAAAGAGUUACGUUUUACUGUUCUUAGCCAGAUCUCUGCAGGGUAUCGGCUCAUCCUGUUCCUCUGUGGCAGGUAUGGGGAUGCUGGCCAGUGUUUAUACUAAUGAUGAAGAAAGGGGUAAUGCUAUGGGUAUCGCAUUAGGAGGUCUUGCAAUGGGGGUUUUGGUGGGCCCACCCUUUGGCAGUGUCAUGUAUGAAUUUGUGGGGAAGACUGCUCCCUUCUUGAUUCUGUCAGCGCUGGCCCUUCUGGAUGGAGCCCUACAGCUAUUUAUCCUCCAGCCAUCCAAAGCACAACCAGAAAGCCAUAAGGGGAGCUCACUGUUUGCACUUUUACGUGAUCCUUAUAUAUUGAUUGCCGCAGGAGCCAUAUGCUUUGCAAACAUGGGUAUUGCAAUGCUGGAACCAGCCUUGCCCAUAUGGAUGAUGGAGACCAUGUGCUCUGCAAAAUGGCAACUGGGCAUUGCUUUUGUUCCAGCAAGUGUCUCAUAUCUAAUUGGAACUAACAUCUUUGGUGUCCUUGCACACAAAAUGGGCAGGUGGCUGUGUUCUCUUUUGGGGAUGAUAAUCGUUGGAAUAAGCAUUGUUUGCGUACCACUUGCGAAAAAUAUAUAUGGACUUAUUGUACCAAACUUUGGAGUUGGUUUUGCCAUAGGAAUGGUAGAUUCUUCUAUGAUGCCUAUUAUGGGUUACUUAGUGGACUUGCGUCACGUCUCUGUGUAUGGAAGUGUUUAUGCAAUUGCAGAUGUGGCAUUUUGCAUGGGGUUUGCAUUAGGGCCUUCAACUGGUGGAGCCAUUGCUAAAACAAUAGGAUUCCCUUGGUUAAUGAUAAUUAUUGGUAUCAUUGACAUAAUAUAUGCUCCAUUGUGCUUUUUCCUUCGAAGCCCUCCCGCCAAGGAAGAAAAGAUGGCUAUUUUGAUGAAUCAAAAUUGCACUGUUAAAACCAAAAUGUACACAACUCAGGACCACUUUCAGAAGGCCCCUGUGGUUGAUAAUGAGGAAGAGUCUGAGAGUGAUGAAUGAUUGCAGCCAUAUCAUAUUCUUUACAAUAUAUAUUUUCAUGUAUAGUAUGCAGUGCUUUGUGAACUGUCCUUGAAAAAGUGUCCUAAAUGUAGUAACACAUAUUCUAUAAUUUGUUGUUCAUUAAAACAUACCAAAGCUGUAACUUUAUUUACCCAUAUGAUCAUAGGGUAUGGGGGUAGGAGGCAUAAUGCUAGUUGAGUAAAAUUGAAUGCCAGCAGCCUUAUCACAACAAUUGGAAUGUUUAUUCCAUUUUUAAAUUUUUAAUCAAUGAAUAGUUUUCAAAGCUUUUAUUAUUCAGUUAUAUUUUAUACACAUGUAUUGGUUAGUGAGAACAAACCCAUGUGUAUGCACAUAUUAGAAUCUGAACAUUUAUUAUUGUAAGUUUGCUUAAAGGUUUUUCCGCCCAUAUGAGAUUUUUAAAGAUUAAUACAUUUCUACAAAUCAGAUUUGUGGAUUGUGGACAAUUCAUUUUAUGUGAAAAAACAACAUAUGGGAUGCCUUAGCAGAUAUAAUAUACCUGUAAUGUUUAUUUAUAAGUCGUCACAGGAAAGUUCACAAGUCAAGCAACUAGCUAUCCAAAAAAAGAUUAAUUCUGUUCUUAAUUAAUGAAGUUGAAACUUUAAUUGACAUUUAGCGAGAU